CUGACGUCAGUAAAAGAGAGCGGCCCACUGGUGGUGGGCUGGAGCUGCUGCUGAUAUGAGGAGUGAUCGCUGAAGAGGACCCAGUCCGACCUUGUCUGACUCACAGCCCUGCGUCUGCUCGGCUUGUAUCGGGGGUUAAUAUCCGUUGAGCCGCCGUGGAUCCCCCUUCAGGCGCGCACAACUUUGACUUUCAUUCAUAUAUUUUUCUAAUCGCUGCUCAUCUACGCCUGGGGGAUGUGCACAGGAACAAGCAAACUACUCCAAGCUCUUCCGCAUAUUGGAUCUCUCCCCAGCAGUGUCCCUGCAAGGAUUCGGGAAAAGAAGACUCCUGCUCAAACGGAACCGGGGAUUUUUUGAGAUCCAAAUCAUUUUUUUUCCCUCUCAAAUUGAUUUUCUGAGUUUAUUAAAUAUUUUUCGCCUGUAGAGUGGAACAAUUAAUUGCGUUGCUUAGAUCUCAACAUAAACCCAGAUUUAGACGAGGCUUUGCAGUGGGAUUGAACAGCACAGUACAAUUUCGACCAGAAUGCAUUCUGUUUAGGGCACGCUCUGAUUUACACUAAGUGUCACAUUUUAGGGAUGGCGAACGACUACAAUCGCAUUAUCGUGGAAAACUACAUCUGCCAUAAACUCUCCAAACGGGGAUACGUGUGGGGAUUUAACGGAGUCCCGGACGACGACGCUGCUAAUAACGGAGGCUUAGGUGACCAUUCACCGACUUUGGUUCGGCGAUGUCGCGAUGCAGGACCGGGGCCCGACAGAGACAGCGACCCCCACAGCCUCUGCAGGCGGAUCUCGCAGUCCGACCCGUAUGCAGACAUCCACCGGGUCCUGCGCGACGCCGGGGACGAACUCGAGAAACUGUACCAGUUGGACUUCGUGGAGAUGUCGCAGCAGCUGUACCUCACCAGAGACACGGCGAGGACUAGGUUCGCGGAGGUCAUAAACGAACUGUUCCGGGACGGGGUGAACUGGGGUCGGAUUAUCGCUUUCUUCGAGUUCGGAAGCACGGUGUGCGUGGAGUGCGCGUCCAAAGAGGAGAUGACAUCGCAGGUGGACAACAUCGCGGAGUGGAUGACGGAAUAUUUAAAUGGACCCCUUGACAGCUGGAUACAAGAUAACGGGGGAUGGGAAGCGUUUGUGGAACUGUACGACAGACAAAAGGAGUCGGUCUUCAGCUGCUACUGGCCGUCCAUCAAGACUGUCUUUGGCCUGGCUGCGCUCGGAGCGGCCAGCGUCACCAUCGGAGCGUACCUUGCACAAAAGUGAACAGUAUCUCUCUCUCAACAUCUCCUGCCUCCUCCAGGCUCAACUUUAUGUCUCAGCACCAUCCUCCUACUCCUUUUUUUUUUUCUUGCGCCUCCUGUUUUUAAAGAUGCCCCUGACCCCCUCAGAGACAACCUUCAGACCGAUUCUGGCCCUCUUCAAAGCCUCUCUGUGAACGCUUCCUUUCCUCAUGCCUCCUUCUGUCAAAACAGACACGAAUCAAAAAAACAGCAGAGGGAACCAGAGGCGCGGCCCAUAGACGCAUCCGAGGAGCAAGAAAACCAAGCUGACUGCGGCUGAGGAGGGACAAGGAAUGCACGUCUUUUUCUUUAAUUUCUUGCCUGCUUCUGUACUAGUUUAUUGCAUGAACGUUUGAAUGGUAGAAUAUAGACACAAGCAAGGUGUGGAAGUGCGGGACCUGUUUUAGGGAGGGCUUGGUGAUGAAGAAGCAGCAGACCCUAACCCCCCAACCUUGUUAUAGGUUGAAGAACCCUGUCUGAGCUGUGGACUCCAGUUAUCCCUACAGCCGUCCUUCAAAGAACUUCUGCAGAACAGCUGCUCAGAGUGUGUAAUGGAAACAGCUCACUGCAGCCAGCACAGCGUGUGUCUACUGUUUUCACUUCUCACACAGCUCAGGUGAACACAUUGCACCACUAUGCUCUCUCUCUCUCUCUCUGGCUCUGUAAUGGAGGAAAAGGAGGCCUGAGCUCAGCUCAGCUGAAAGCUCCUUGAUUUUUGUGCUGGGUUUUUAUUUUUCUUGCAUGCCAAACCAAAUAAGGAGGUGUGUGUGUGCGUGUUUAUGUGUGUGUUUUCAAGGAGCAUAAAAUAAAGCGUGAAGGUAUGUUGCUAAGUGUCCUGAGGGAAACGUGCAGUCGGGCGCACAGAGAGAAUCAGCUAGAGGUACAAUAAAUGUUGCUUUCUUCAGCCUCCAACGUCUAACAGGACAAUUUUAAGAGCUCAUUCCUCAAGCACUCUAAUGUGAAGUAGACCACCCGCUCUGUUAGAUUUAUAGCUUUACUAUUAGCAUAAACAACUCAAGAGUUUUGAGUGCUUGUGGUUCUCCUCACAGAGUCCUUUUGAGGUCCAAUUGUCUGGUCUCGCCCAGGUUUCAGGCGACACGUGUGUCCUCCAGUUGCUGCCGCCCCGCAGUAACUCAAUAAUGAAUCCGUUCUGACACAGACAGCUGUUGACGUGGACUGACUGAGAAAUGUUCUCGCGUGGCCACAUGUGACUGGGUAGAAAUCAAGUCAGCAGCAUUUCGGUAGUGGACUCCUGGUCGUUGGAACCUGAGCUGUCCCUCCCUCCCUUUUUCUGUCCGGCCUCCGAAAGCACCCGGGGAUUGAUUUUUAUUCCUUUCAGCCUGUUUUAUUGAUGUUUGUCUUGUGUUGCAGUCUGAUGGAAAAUUCCAAGUCCCCAAAAUAUUUUGGUUGGACACGUCUUCCCAGCCUUUUAAUGGAGUGGGAAUUUAAAUUUUCUGUCUUAGAAAAUCUCCAGUUUCUUUGUUGCAUGGAUGAAAGUCAACCGUAACACAAUAGAUGCCCAUGAUGUGUAACUGUAUUUAUAAUACGACAGGCUAUAGAGAAGAAAUAACAAUAAAUAAAGCUACACUUUCUUUAAUUUAUUUCAAGGUACAAGAUUACAGACUUUCAGAAUAAAGCUAGUCACUUUUAUUUUCCUUUUUCUAUGGAAUCACACUGUAAACUACAUAGUUUCCUGGCUGCUAAUAUAACAAUGUGUAGAAAUUAAUCUUUGUGUUGCGUUGAUGUCGGCUUCGAGGCUGCUAUACUGUCAAGAUUAAAAUGAUUCCUCACAGCUUAAACUGCCACAAAUUCACAGUAUACAUGUGUAGAGAGCUGGAAACCAAAGUAAACUUGUACUGGUCUUUAAUUUAAAACAUAUCUGACGGAGAAUACAGUGCCGUGCAAAACCUUUUUCACAUUUUGUCAGAAUAAAGUCUGUUUGUUUUUUUUUUGUGGGAUUUUAUGGGAUAGACCAAGACAGAGUAGUGCAGAACAGGAUAUGUAACAUUAAAAAAAAAUCUAAACCAGCCCCUUUUGCUCUGAUGCCAACAAAUAAAAUACAGUGUAAUGUCAGAAGCUGUUCUAUGAACAAACAUCACGGAAAUCAAGAAACACAGCAGACAGGUCAAAGGUUAAAUUGUGGAGAACUUUUAAACAGGGUUAGCUUAUAAGACAGCAUUCAAAGCACUGAACACAUCAUAAAGCACUCCUCAAUCCACCAUCUGAAAACAAAAGGAGUUUGACUUGAGUGCAAACCUACAAAGAUAUUCAAGAUAUGGAAGAGCAUUAAGCAGAGGAAGAGGCUCACUCUCUGGAAGAGCUGCCAUCAGAGCACAUGUUAGCUGUCCAUGCUAAAAAUGUUGCCUUUUAGAGUAGAGUGGCAAGUCAAAGGUCACUGUUGUAAGUAAUGAGAAAUCAUGUGUAAAGUACUGCUGUGUACAGGAAACAGAAAACAUGUGAAAGAUGAGACCAAAACUAAACUUCUACAGCAUGUGACAGAAAAGGCACAUCGUCUUUUCUUCGUCAAGCUACAGGUGAAGCUAGUUGGAGUUGAUGGUAAGAUGGAUGGAGCUAGUGUAUGUCAAUCCUGGAGGAAAGCAGAUUAAUACCGGGGCAAAAGUUCACUCUCCAGCAGAACAGCGACACUAAAAGUACAGUCAGAGCUGGGAUGAAAUAGUUUAGGUCAUGCAAAACCCUAUGACAUCAAAACAAUAGCAUUAAACAUCAGAGUGGAAAUGUUGUCCCCCACGGUGAAACAUGCUGGGGGCAUUGCAUCUGUUGAACUUGAGCUAUAUUAAAAAGCAGAAAAGGCCAAAUAAUAAGAUUUUACAUGUCGAAAAGUGGUAGAGACAAGCUGAAAAAUACCUAUUACUGCUGGGGAAUACAAAUGCACAAGACACUUUGAAAACCAUGCAUCAUUUUUCCUCCACUUCCCAAUUAUGCUCUAUUUUGUGUUGGCCUGUCACACAAAAUCCCAAUAAAAUCCAUAGAAGUUUGUGGCUGCAAUUUGUCAGAAUGUGAAAAACAUAAAAAUAAUUCAACACAUAGGAAUGCUUUUGCAAGGCAGUGUGGCUUCAGCUCACUGAGAGGUUUCUGUGUAGUGUAAAUGUACUAUAGCCGCUUCACUUUCAUCAGCUUCAUGCUCACACAAUAACUAAUGUGUAAAAUGUCAAAUGCCAGACCUUAACCUCCUCCUUUUUGCCACCACAGCUCACAGAGUGAUGCAUGUGUUUGUAUGAAACAGAGGGCAAUUCCUACACAGGAAUAGGAAGAACUUUAACAGCAAUAUACUGUAAUUUUUAUAACCUCUGUGCAUAUAUGAAUGUAGCACUCUUGUUGCUGUCCUGUUUCAUUGUCUAUAAUCUAUACAAAAACCUGUAGCACUUAUUAAAAGAGAAAGUGAAUUGUGUUCCUGUUGUUUACCGCUAUAUCCACAAUAAGCUAGUGGGAUCAUAUUGUUCCUAAUAAAUCAGAUUUCUUCAGCAGAUGCAGUCUUGA